CAUUGGUUCGAGCGCGAAUGGAGAAUUUGGAUAGUUUCGGCGCAUUUUCUCUAGAAACUCCACAUAAUUUCUUCUCCAUUUAUAUAAAUAUAUAUUAGUUCGAUAUUCGUGUCAAAUGCCGGAUAAUUCCCGCUGUUUUUUCUUCUCUCGCCAAUGCUGAUUCUAAAUAUUUGCCAAAGAGGAAUAUUUAUAAAAAAAUAUGCAACGACGUCUAGUAAGCAACAUAAUACAAUGAGCACUAAAACAAAUACAUGUAAGAGGAUAUCUCCCGCGAGCAAAAAAACUGGGAAACAUCCACAAUCUUUGAAAGUGACCGAUGCAAAACAUAAGCAUGUAACAGCAAGUCCUGUCAAAGAAGUUGUAUUAAUAAGGGAAGGUGAUAUUGUGGAAGUCACGGUAAAAAGAGAUGAAAAGGCUAAAGGUCAGAAAUGUACUUCACCUUUAAUAAUUUCUAGUCCUGGACAGAAAGCUGAAAAAGAAAGGUCUACAACUAAUAAUAAUGAAAUACCACAAAGCUGGGGUUCUAAACUUGCGGAGCAAAAUUUAUUAUAUAUGAAAUCACAGGCCUCUAAACAUAGCAAAACUAAAAAGGCCAAAAUAAGUUCAAGUGCUGAAAAACUACAGCAAAAUCAUAUUCCAAAACAUACUGGUAAAAUGUUAUCCAAAGGAACAGCUUCUCGGGAAUUAAAAAGAGAUCCAGGAUAUGUCUAUGUUCAGGAUCGUGCUGUACAAUAUCCUGAAGUAAACAAUAAUGCCAAUAUAUUUGUUGAAUUUAAUCCAAUACAUACAUUAAACUUUUUAAUGAAAGAAUUAAAGAAUUUAGUUAUGAACAAAGAUGAUAAGAUCUGUGAAAUCUGUACUCAAAUGGAACAAGCACUAUUAAGAAUAUCUGUAGACACUGCAAAACCAUUAUUUGAGGAUUUAGAGAAAUUAAACAAACUAGAAGCUGGUAGACUUCAAUUAGAGGAAUCUAGUAAAAAGGUUAAGACUAUGUACGAAUCAUGGGCAUCGGAACGAGAAAGAUUUGAAAGUUUAAUUAAAAAACGAGAUACGCAAAUCAAGGAAGCGAAUCAGAAACAAAUAGAGUUCGUAAAGCAUGCAGAGAUGCUUAAAAAGGAAUUGAAUGAAGCAAGUCAUAUAAUAAAAGAUAAAAAUGAUAUAAUAUCAGCACUAAAACGAGAAAUUGAAAAUGAUGAAAGAAAAAUUGAAAAUCAUGAAAGAAAAAUCUCAGAUUUAGAAACAGAAUUGAUUGAGCAAACGAACCUUACACAAACUAACGAUAUGUAUCUGACAAUGGAAAAAGAAAAAUUUUCCAAAUUGUCUUCUUAUAAGGAUGGUUUAAUUGUCGAAUAUAAAAAUACAAUAAUGAAACUACAAACUCAAAUUGAAAAAUUCAAAUUAAAAAAAUUUGAAAUAAAAAAUUUGAAUGAAGUAUUUGCAAAAGGAGAAACUGCAAGUUCUCAAACAUCGUCUGUGCAAGCAGGAUUCGCAUUUUCGUCUCCUACGUCGAGCUUUUCCAAUCACUCUGAUAAAUCCUGGAACGAUUUAUCGGAUAUUUCUACAGAAGAAGAUGCCCCUCAAGAAGAAGAUAUUAUGUUGAAGUUAGACACACUAGUUAGAGAUUCGGAAUUUGUUAGUUUACUCGAUGGAGAAUCAUCGCAUACUAUAAUGCCCGAACAAAGUCAAGUUGUGAAUGAUAAAGGAACAGUAGCGCACAACAAUAAUAAAAGUAAUAUUGUUUCUCAUCGAAACGUGAAUGAUGUGAUUCCGAAAAGAUGCUUACAUCAUUCCUCUAAAAAUAAUAAAGAGAACGAUGUAUGUAAAAUAAGAAAGUUUUCCAGAUCUAAGGAAAGACAAAAAGAUAACACAAAAAAUUCGUCUUGUCAUAAUACAUCGAAAAUUCUCGAAAGUGUUACACCUACAAAAUUAAAGGUUCCUAAUAUAAAGAAGCACGGACACGAUAUGCACAAUAGGAUACCUGUUAAUGUACCGAGUCCAUUACGGAAUUAUCCUAGUCCUGAUUGGAGUGAAAGUAGUUUACCUAGCGUUAGUACAGCCUCCGAUUUAAACAUGAUGCCAUCCAACGAUAUUUAAAAAACUAUAUGUUUAGAAAAAAACUUGCAGUUUUCGUAUCUAAAAAAUUACAGAUAAUUGUCAAUUUACUGAACAUGUACAAACUUAUAUCUUGUUGCAGAGCUGUGAUAAACAGUCGUACAAUUAACAUUCUACUUCAUAAUAAAGUCCAUAAAAGAUAAAGCAAUUUACAUUAAGUGAAAUUGGUUAGUAUAAUCACGAUAUGUAUUAAAAAUACACAUAAUUUACACAAA